GACAUCCCCCGGAAACGUGCACGUGCAAGCUGCCUACAAUACGUCAUGGCGGCCAGACAGCUUUUCGGGGCUACCCGGACGUGGGCCGGCUGGGGGGUCCGGGAGUUCCUAGAGCCUGCCGCUCCUGGAAGACUCCUGAUCCGGGAUUAUGCCAAGAAACCGGCUGUGAAGAUGGGCAAAUUGGCAAAGGGUGCGGUGGCCAGCGAUGCCCUCAAGGACCCCGAGGUGUGCACAGAUCCUGUCCAGCUCACCACGUAUGCCAUGGGCGUCAACAUCUACAAGGAAGGGCAGGAUGUACCCCUGAAACCGAACGCUGAGUAUCCCGAAUGGCUGUUCGAGAUGAACGUGGGCCCCCCGAAGAAACUGGAGGAGCUGGACCCCGAGAGCCGGGAGUACUGGCGGCUGCUGCGCAAACACAACAUCUGGCGCCACAACCGGCUGAGCAAGAACAGGAAAUUCUAGCGCGGCUGCCCGGACUCCGGAACUCGGCCCCGACCCUGAGGUCAGGCGUUCGAGACCAGCCUGACCAACAUGGUGAAACCCCCGAC